AUGUCUCUAAGCUGUGCCGUGGUGUGUGUUUUGUUGUGUUUUUCUCACUCGAGUCACGCGCCUGCUGUGAAUCUCCAGCGUUUUAUCGGCUGUGCUGUCAGAGAGUUCACCUUCCUGGCCCAGAAACCAGGAUGUGGGAGACUGCAGAUCAUCACCGACGCCUGCUGGGGGCGCUGUGAGACCUGGGAGAAACCGAUCCUGGACCCGCCCUUCAUCGAGUCCCGUCAGCGAGUGUGCACUUACAACCAGACCCGAUUCAUCACCGUGCAGCUGCCCAACUGCUCGGCCGGCGUGGAUCCGUACUACACCUACCCCGUGGCCCUGAGGUGUGAGUGUGGCGUGUGUGUGACCAGCACCACCGAGUGUAUCACCUCCGUCUGAGACAGACAGCCAGGAGACUCGCGUUCCGUCUCUCUUUUCCAUCUUUCCGUACCUGCUAAACCAGCGACGUGAAUGAAAAUAUAUCAUUAUGAUUGAAAGUGAAUCAUCAUGGUGCUGUGUGUUGAUGAGAGAGAGAGAGAGAGAGAGAGAGAGAGAGAGAGAGAGAGAGAGAGCGAUAGAGAGCGAUCCCAUCGAGUCUAUCAUCAAAUACUUUACUAGACAACAUUACAGGCAGGAUGUAUUAAAGGUGCGGUAUGUCAUAUUUAAAAGUAUUUCAAGACCUGUAACAGUCUUCCCAUUUUAAAGACACCUUAGCGAGUGUGUGAUUAACGAAAUUAGAUUUCAAUGCAUCGUUCUAGAUACUUCAUUAUAGGCUUCUGUUUACAUCCUUGACGUUCUGGCCCUGAAAUUAGCUUCACCUCCGACCAGAGCAAGCAAAGGCACAAGCUGUAUGUAGUGCGAACCGAGCAGACCAGAUCAGCUGGAGCGAUCGUGAAGGCUGCUCAAUGUCUCCUUCAAAGUUGCAGUUCUCCUCGCAGGCACUAGAGGGCUCAAAAAUAAUUACAAACAGCUCCUUUAAUACAUUUUGUAUCAUGUACUGCUAUCAAAAUGGCAGAAAUCCAGACCUAAAACUUGCACUAAUGGAAAGCUUUAAAACUAUUAAAACAUUUUG